GUCUUGGUAUUUGUCCACCUUGGGAACUGUCCCUAGAGCACAGCCUGACUAACCGUUCCUCGAUUUCAUACCUGCACUUUUCUCCGAGCUCGUCAUGUGGAUCCGCUCUCGCUCCACUUGAAAAGAUCUGGGCUUCCCUCCACAGGAGAGUUUUUGCUGCUCUCGAGUCAGCCUGGUAUUGUUGAGCUGGCCUUUGUGCCCUCUAAUUCGCCGGUUUCCUUUUCAGUGCCGUUCUUCCGUGCGGACGAGGAUACCGGUUUGCUGAGGGACUAAGGCGCACUAUUUCACAUUCAUUCAAGCGUAUACGCUUCUUGAAGGUGCUUCUGAAGCGCCGGAAGCGUCCUGAUGGAGCAGCAGGAGCACGAUGUCGACGAGGGCAUGGAGAUGCAGGCUGUUCACGGUCCCUUGCCCAUCGAGCAGCUAGAGCAAUGCGGUAUUUCCGCCACCGAUGUGAAGAAGCUUCGCGAAGGAGGAAUGUUCACGGUCGAAGCAGUAGCAUAUACAAGUCGAAAAGACCUCCUCAAGAUCAAAGGCAUCAGCGAAGCAAAAGUCGACCGCUUGACAGAAGCAGCCAGCAAGCUUGUUCCCAUGGGCUUCCAGAGUGCAACUCACUUGCAUCAGUUGCGGGGCGAGAUAAUUCAGAUAACUACAGGCUCGAAGGAGCUUGAUGCGAUCCUGCAAGGUGGUGUGGAGACAGGGUCCAUAACGGAGAUUUAUGGCGAGUUCCGCACAGGAAAGACGCAGCUUUGCCAUACACUGGCUGUCACUUGUCAGCUUCCACUCGCCAAUGGCGGAGGCGAGGGCAAGGUCCUCAUCAUUGACACGGAAGGAACCUUCAGACCAGAGCGGUGCGUGGAGAUUUCUCAGCGGUUUGGACUAAAUCCGACGGAUGUGCUUGACAAUAUAGCGGUUGCACGGGCGCACAACACAGACCACCAGUCACAGCUACUCAUUGAGGGAGGAGCCAUGAUGGCUGAGUGCAGAUUUUCUCUGAUAAUAGUUGACAGCGUCACUGGUCUCUACAGGACAGACUACUCAGGCAGAGGAGAACUGGCAGCACGACAGUUGCAUCUAGCUCGGUUUUUAAGAUCGUUACAGCGCCUUGCCGACGAGCACUCUUGUGCAGUGGUUGUGACCAACCAAGUGGUGGCGUCUGUUGAUGGCAACAUGUUUGCUGGCCCUCAAGUGAAGCCUAUUGGUGGCAACAUCAUGGCUCAUGCAUCCACAACAAGGCUAUACGUGAGGAAGGGCCGAGGGGAUGAGAGAAUAUGUAAGAUUAUUUGCUCACCUUGUCUGCCGGAGGCGGAGGCGAGGUACCUCCUUGCGCCAGAGGGUAUUACAGAUUGCAAGGAUUGAGGGGAUGUGGUGACAUACCUUUAAUUAUUAAUAUUUAUGUGUGGUUGUAAGUGCAUCCUUGGUUGCACGUUCGAGGCUCCACAUGUGGAGCUAGGACACAUGCAAAGCCAGGACCCUUCAGUAGCCAUGGUAUGUUGUAGGGCUUACUGCAGGCUACAUUUCAGCCCCCUUGCAUUCUGGCUCGUUCCCUUGCCAGACCAACAACGCGCGUUUCCAAACCGUUUCCACACCAGCGAAUUCCCCAACCUGCCACGUGGCCCUAAAGGAGAAUCCACCAAACGCAGACCCAGACACGGGUUCAAACUACAAACCCGAACCUUGUUAGCGACUAUCAGACGAAAUUGCUGCUCACCGAGCCUGACAUGAUUGUGGAGGGAGGCUGGGUUUGGCGAGUAUCGAGCCUGGCGUGCUGGCUCGUCUUUUGGGACCUUCAGUUUG